AUGGCAGCAACUAUCCCACCUGCCUUGAAGGCAGCAGACAUAGCUCGAUUCGCCCAGCGGGCCGGCCAGGUGGAAAAGGCCAAACCUGUGGUGGCAUACUGGUGCAAUUAUUGGAUCGUUGAGCAGAUUCUGGCCAAGAAACUGCACAAGGCAGACGCAGACUGCAUGUCUUACACCAUGACCCUCAUGGACAAGCUCGAGCAGACCAAAUCCGACUUCUCUGAUAACGAUGCUAUUAUGGAUGAUAUGGCUGGUCAAGCAUACAUUGAGCAAUUCGGCCAAGAAACUUUUCAGAGAGCAGACAACGCUAUGAAAGCGAGCAAGGCGUCGAGACAGACCGCAGACACUUUCCAGGCAGCUGCAACAUUCUUGGAUCUUUGCCAGAUAUGGGGGCCUCUGGACGCUGAGACAGCGUCAAAGAUUAAAUUCGCCAAGUACCAUGCUCUUCGUAUUGCCAAAGCAAUCAAAGCGAACGAGGACCCAAAUUUAUCCAAUCCAACCCCAGAACCUGAACAACCGCCUCUCGAUCCAAAUGACCCGGAUGUUCAGAUGAUAAAUGGGCUUGGCGAUUUUAGCCAGCAUCAGGAUGCGUCUCGUCAACCCUCUGUAGUAGAGAUUCCUGAUGAGCACGAUCGACUGCAAGGGCACAUGGCAGGACGGUCUACUUACGAUGAGUCGUUGCAUCCGUCGAGAGCGCCUUCUGUUCCGCCGCAGCCUGCUCAGGCCUAUCAGCCCCCUCCUCAACAGCCAGCAGAAAACUAUUACCAUAGUGCCGCGCCUCCAGAGGUAUCUCCAUUGGAUCCGUCAACCACUGAUCGAACCAUCUCUGAUGGUGGUGGCUACUUUCCCAGAGUGCCCGAUACCGAUGGAAGAGCUCCUUCAUCAAGCUCGCCUGAUGCACCUUCAGAAGACCCGAGCUCACCACCAGUGGUACUUCCAGAAUCUUCCCCUCUACUACCACCGACUUCGUCAGCUGCUGGAUUCCCUCCAUCACAACCGCCAAAUUCCUUGCAUUCCUUCCCUCCGCCUAACAUGGAUGAACCCAACAUUUCGCCACCCUCUUAUGCCCCUGUGCCAUCGUAUGGUCCAGGCCCUCCAUCUGCUUCAGCUCCACUUUUUCCUCAACAGCCUCCAUCAGCCCCUCGACAAGCGCCUGCGACUCCCAUUAAGCCUCUUCCUGCAUCAGGUGCACCUGUGAGGCAAGCUCUCCCACCAUGGCAAAUGGCGCCACUCCCAAUGGCUCCUCCUCCAGUCAGUGGUCAAGCAAAUUAUUUGACCGAUGAAGAGGCUAUUCUCAAAGCUCAAAAGCAUGCGAGAUGGGCCAUAUCGGCUUUGAACUUUGAGGAUGCUAACACGGCCGUAAAGGAGUUGAGGGGAGCAUUGGAAGCAUUAGGCGCGAGGUGA